CGCAGCUAGCACGGAAUGCGAGCCAGCAUGGAAAUCUUGUCCUGAUGGGAUCGCCCGCGUUCGUCCUGCUGCCUUCCGGAUCGUUUCCCCGUCUCCUGACCUCCGCGCGAAUGGUGAGGAAUAGCGAGGUGUGUGCGCGUGUGUGCUCGAUCGUGAUGCAGGUGCCUCCCGAAGUGUGAUCUCGAAUUCAGUGGACAAGUUUAUCGGAUGAUUUGGGAACUGCGAAUCGAAAGAUCAACCUGUGCUCGGAUCGGCCGUCAUCGUAGUUCCGGAGACAUCUCCGACAAUCCUCCUUACCCUCUCGCUCCACGCAACAACCCCAAAACCGAAACACACCCGCAGAUAACGCGACAAGCAGCAGGAGCAGCAGAAGCAGCGCAAGCGGAGGCGCACCGACAUGAGAAGGUGUGGACAAUGACGAUUGUGCGUUCGCGCUCCCGAGCCUCGAGAGCUUGUUUGUUUUAAUGCGGCCAGAUCGUGGCCACGCGAUACGGUGUUUGAAGAUCUCGGUGGAGCUCCGCCUCGGUCAUGAGGGUGUCGGUUGGAGAAAGUCCUUCCCGUACACUUUCCGUGCCUCAGUAGGCGAUAGAUGUUUGUUUGUGCUCCAUUUCGUGCGUGCGUGCGUGUCGAUCGCAGCAACCUUUGGUGCCGUUUGUGCCCGUGAUUUUUCAUCUGUGAUAGUGGCGUCCAAGAGCGCAGUGUCGGAACCGUUGCUUUUACCGUAACCGUGUUGUGACUGAUCGAUCGUGUUGUGCGUGAUCUGUGUGUUUCGGUGAAUAGUGUUCAGGAUUCAAGACGGUAACACGAUGACACCAGGACCAACGACAAAGAUGGAUCGUGGUGGUACCGGUGCGGAAGAGCGGAAGCGGUGCGGAGAGACUAUUCACUCCGGUCAAUUUAUGGUGUCACACUUUGAAACCGAAGGCGCCGAAGAUGACGAUGACGAUCUGGGCAUGCAACUGGAUGCGGAAGAUGUGAAACCGAGCCUAAUCUCUUCCGAUGCCGUACUCCUGCCCUCUGUAUCCGGCGGUAUCGUGUCCGAGGACCGACCCGCAAUCAGUAGGGCACUAGUUUCGCACGGAGCGGACAGUGUCGGUGCAGGCAGUAGCACCAAUGCCAGCGCGCUACCACGCGGCGAGUCGUCAAACCAGCUGGCCCGGUAUGUGCCACGACCGCUGCAUCUUAGUUCGCGAUCAACCGUGUCGCAGGUGGAGAUCGAUACGGAUCUGUCGACGGUGUUCAACACGCUCAACGUUACCUACACACAAAAACUGACGUCUCCGAAAUGGAACCCGUUCAAAGGCAUCCGUCUGCGCUGGAAGGAAAAGAUCCGGCUAAACAAUGUUAUCUGGCGCUGCUGGCACAUGCAAUUUAUCAUGAAACGGAAAACUCUAGUCUGUCAGUUUGCUUCCCCUCUAGACGUAGACGUACAUAAUACUCCGCAGGCCAUUCUACUUGAAGGCAAGUACUGGAAGCGGAAGUGUAACGUAAUCAAGGCGGAGUACAAGAAAUGGCGAAGGUUUAACGUAAAUAAAGCACUAGGCUCAACGAACAUUGUCGAUACGACUAGCGAAUUAGACUUCCUGGAAUGGUCCCCAAUCAGCAACGAUCUGUUUAUGAUCACCGAUAAUAUGCCCACGGAUACACUUUUCUCAACGCUAGGCCAGUAUCCGUUUCCCGAUUCCCGAGAGAUAGCAAGGGGUGCCGGACGGGCAGAUUUUAUUCAACCCAGCUUGGGCCCCCUGCAGCCAAACCUGGACGAUUUGAUGGAACUGGAUUUGGACUUUCUCAACUUCCCACGAUUGGCACCCGUACCAGAAGAGGCAACGGACGAUCUUCUGAAAGCGAUCGAUUACAACUAUCCUCUUGGAUCAAAUCUGUUGACUAAUACUGGUGCCACUAUACAGGAGGUGACGGAAGAGGAAAAUUCCUCCGCUGUGGACGCACAAACCGCAGGACAACCGAUGCCACUGGGUGGAGGUACUUCUGUAGUUGUCGGUAGCAACCUUAAUCAGUCGCACCAGCAACAGCCCUCGCAACAACCUGCCGCAAUUCAAUAUUCGGCCAAAAUCUUUGCCCAAGCGUUACAUACGUCGAGUAAUACCGCUUCGUCAAGUUCUGCGACCUCCUCGGUGGUAGGAUUUCCAACUGCUCAGCAGAUAAGCAGCGCACUCGAUAACUACCUCUCGACACUCGGUUCGUCCUCGUCGGGUGGGCAGCAGACGCUAACAAACGCGCAGCAGAUACAACCGGUAACGACCGGAUCGUUACCGGUGAGUAACUCCAGUGGUGGUGAUCCACGUGAGGAGAUAUCUCGCGGCGGCAAGUCAAAAUUUUCGCGCGCUUACGCCAAGCACAACUACGACUCCAAGUACCCACCGACACCACACCAAACGAUGGCCUACAACAUGGUAUCCCAGCCGCACCUGGGACAACCAGGGACGGGUACAAACAGUGGCAUUCACAGUGCCGCCUACAACACCGCCGGUUAUCCAUCGUCCGGUGGUCCAUUGGCUCACAUGGCUACCGGUGGUGGCACUAGCGUGCAUCAAUCGACAUCACAAGGAGCCAUGCAUCUUCUCUACAACCAUUCCGUGCUACAGAAUGCAACACCAGCGAAUCCGGUGAACCUUUCCAGUGGCCCAAGUGGGACAAGCCUAGCGGCCAACAGUGGUAGCAACGGAGGAAGUGGCAGCUGCAGCAGCAUCAGCAGUAGCAACAGUAGCAGUCAGCCAACAGCCAUGAGCCAAGGGGCAAUGUUGCAGGCGAUGAACUCCAAAUUGCUUACGCACAGCCAAUCGCUUCCGGUGCCAGUUAUGCCUCAAUCGAAGGGUUCUCUUCCACAGCCUCGAUCAACUUCCAUGCCGACGGCACCGAACUACAACCAGAUGCUGGCAUCAUCACAGCACUCGCCCCCCGGGAGUCUGCACGCAUCGCAGUCCGGUAGCAGCUACAAGUCGUAUCACGGCCAUCAACCCCAACCGUACAAAAUUCCAUCGCAAACGGUCGGUGCUGCCGGUGGAUCGUAUGGAAGCGGUGUAAGAGCAAUGGCGCGGCACUCUUCGCCACCGCACGGUACACUGCUACAACCGACCAGUGCAAUGGGCGGUGGGAUCGGUGCUAGUGGUGCUACCGUUGGCCUAUCACACUCCUUGGAACAAUCGCAACAGCAACUGCAAGACUUGCAGCUGCAGCAGCAGCAGCAACUACAACAGAGCCAGCACCAACACGCGUUAGUUUCGACAUCCACGGUCACCGGUCAGCAGCAACAACAACACCAACAGCAUAACAAGCGCCACCCUCCGCAUCCGACCAAAGAGAUGAUUCGUUCCAACAGCCUCCCGAUCAAUGCUACCUUCCAGUUACCACCGAAGGAGAUGGAAAACUUUGCGAUGCCCCGCUACCAGUCGCAGAAACCGAAUAGCUCCAAAAUACGCUCCCGUAGCCAUUCGAUGAUCAUGAAGCAACAGACAGGUGCAAACGUUGCUGGUGUAUCUAGCGGCUUAGGGAUGGGCUGUGGUAGUGGUAACAUUGGUGCAUCUGCUGGUGGCUCCAGCUUAUCGCAUCACGUUGCGCAAACAACGCUCCACACCACCUCCAGCGAACCGAUGCUGAACGUUACCAACAGUGCGCUACUCGCACAACUUCUAACUACUAACAACGCAAGUACCUUACUGAGUAAACAGGCUCACAGUACAUCAUCAAGUGCCAUAAGUACAUUAAUACAGUCCCAGCAGCAACAGCAGCAGCAGCACCAACCGAACCAUUUCCAGGCAACGGCCAUGGGAGGAAGCACCUUAUCGCCCUCGUCCUCGCACCAUCAACUGCAACAACUGCACCAACAGCUGCAACAACCAGGUCAAAAAUCACACCUUUCUCACCACCACCAGCAUCACCAUCCUCAGCUAACCAGCAGUUCUGUUGGUCCAGCGGCGUCUUCUAGUGGAAUGCGUCCCCAAAAUCCGACUUCAUCAUCGGUACUAAGCUUUGCCUCUUCCGCCGGUAUGUCGCUCUCGCAGCAGAGUCUCUCUCCUGAGUCAGCACACGACACAGACGGACCACUUUCUCCAACUGGUGUGGGUGGUGGUGGUGGUAGCGCCGCGGGCGGCCCUAGUACCUCCAGUUCUGGAGGGAUCGCCAGCAAGUUUCCCCGAAACGAUAACCAACGGCGCACGGGACACAUCCAUGCGGAACAAAAGAGACGCUACAACAUCAAGAACGGAUUCGACACGCUACACUCGCUGAUACCACAGCUGCAGCAGAACCCGAACGCCAAGCUAAGCAAAGCGGCCAUGUUGCAAAAAGGGGCAGACUACAUCAAGCAGCUACGAUCGGAACGAACCUCCGCCAAUGAUCAGAUGGAUUCAUUGCGCAAAGAGAUCGAGCAGCUAAACAACUCGUUGAGUAAUCUCCAGACUGCACUGCCAGCCAGUGGGGCCCCCGUUUCACGGCAGCGCACAGGCCGCGUGAAGGAGCUUUACCAACAGUACGUUCGCCAACGGACUCUGGAAAACUGGAAAUUUUGGAUCUUUGGUCUAAUUUUUGAACCUCUGAUGAAUUCCUACAACCAAACGGUGUCGGUUGCCAGCAUGGACGAAAUGUGUCGGACUAGUCAGCUGUGGGUUGAUCAGCACUGCUCACUGGUCGAACUAAGGCCCGCCGUUUCCAAUAAACUGCGUCAACUUUCCACCACAACCGACGUCCUAUCGGAUCCCCCCAGUUCACUGCAGGAAGAGGUACUUAAGGCGAUCUCGACGAACACUCUUGUGCCCGGCAGCAGUAGCUCCGCAAGUGGCCACUGCAGCCGCGGAAGUAGUACAGACACCAGCCCGCAUCGUUCUUAGAAUGUUAUUCAUCGUCAGCUGGUCUGGAGGAAGCAGAAAGGGCAGGGGUUUUUUAUUGUUUUCGUAGUGCAUAGCAUAUUGUGGCACGCUCAUCCCGCGAGAUUGUUAUUAGAUCCGCAAAUCUAUGUUAACUGUUUAAUGCUACAAGAAGUAGAAGGUGGGUGCAUUCGAGGGAAACGGAACAGAAAGUGCCUUCAUGAUGCAGUGACUGCGCACAAAGGAAAGGGAGACAAAACAAUCAGGAAACAAUACCAUACCAUAAUCUCAUAAGCACAGGACAAGAUGCUUUAAUCAUCAAAACAUUGCAGCGCAUCUAAACUUCAGCGCUUCAUCCCACCCGACGGCUAAUCAGGCUAUUCGCUGCGACGGGCCAUUGCCAUAUCCUUGUAGUUCGUUUGUUUUGUUUAGCUGAACAUCGCGUUAGUUUUUCUCGUCUUGGUUCUUGGUUUUCAUUACCAGUACUAUUGUUCGUUUUUGCUACUUGUCCGUUAUUUACGUUAAGCUAUUCCUAGGUCCAGAGAUUCGUUAUUUUGUUCCUAGGACUCCGUUUAAUUCUCCUUUGAUUUUCGCGUCUUACGUUUAGAGGGGAGGAGAGAGAGAGAGGUGCUCUGUCUUAAGCUGCAGACGAAAGGUAGUUGGCCUUUAGCUAAUGUAAGCGUUAUGAAUAGCGAAUUGUUGAUUAAGAAACUAUGUUACACUCUAAGCCGUGGUUAAGCAUAGUGGAGUUAUGUGCAUAGCUUUUAGUUUAUGUUAUCGUACGUUUUGGAGAAAGAAGAUUAGAUCCUAGGCGUGUGUCUGUGUGUGUAUGUAAAGUACUGGUCGCAGUAAUGUUAGAAUGAAUCUAUAUUGGGGAUGGAUGAAGCGAGGGCGAAGUAACGGAGCCGUUGGUAAAAAGUACAACAACAAGAGAAUCGAGAGUCCUGGGCCUAGAUUGCAGAUGAAGUGAAUUCAGAAACCAACAGAGGAAGGGGAUGAUGGAAUGAAGAUCGUUCAGAAACAUAGUAACACUCCCCGAAAA